AUGGCAGGUGACCCGGCCCGGGCUUGCCAGGACCCCACGCUGCCGGCAAAUCCACGGCUCUCGCGUCCAUCGCACGCGGGCUGCGGGCUGCGGGCUGGCUCGGCUCGCAUGCAGGUCUAUACUAUCAACUUGGAAUCUCGUUAUUUACUAAUACAAGGAGUUCCUGCAUUAGGUGUUAUGAAGGAAUUAGUGGAACAAUUUGCAUUAUAUGGUGCCAUCGAAGAGUACCAUGCUCUAGAUGAGUAUCCAGCAGAGCAAUUUACUGAAGUUUAUCUUAUAAAAUUCCAGAAACUGCAGUGUGCCAGGGUGGCCAAGAAAAAAAUGGACGAACGAAGUUUCUUUGGUAGUUUGCUGCACGUGUGCUAUGCUCCAGAAUUUGAAACAGUCCAAGAAACCAGGGAGAAGUUGCAGGAUAGAAGAAAGUAUAUAGCAAAAGCAACAAAUCAGAGAGAUUGGUUUGUGUUAAAGAAAGUAGAGAGGCCAAACAAGACUGUCUCAAAGAACUCUGACUGUCUGUGGAGUACCCCGGGGUCAUGUCCCACUGGGAACUUGGAUCCAUCCUGCUUCACAAGUUGUCACGGGAUGUCCCAAAACACAGGGUAUCCAGCUGGGAAUCAUAAUCAGAGCUUGCUGACAUUUCCCCAGUUUGAUAACAAUUGUGCUGAAACUCCUGGGUAUUCUGGUCAAAACACACCCCAAAGUCUCCAUGUGCAGCUGGGGGGACGUGCCCCACCAGCUCCCUCACUGCAGCAACCAGCAGUUCCCAUGGAUAACGGAGUUGGGCGGUUUGUGCCUCGUACAACUUGCCUGCAGGAACGCAAGAGGAAGAGAGAAGAAGACAACAAGUUUCCCCUCAUUGGAACAAGUGUGGACAAUACUGAAGUCAUUUUUGGGCCACAGCUACCUGAAAUACCUAAAGUGGAUAUGGAUGAUGAGUCACUGAAUACGUCAGCUACGUUAAUUAGAAAUAAAAUGAAAGAGGUAGCAGAUUCUGUUUCCAAAACAUCUGUGGAAAAGCCAGAGAGUAGCUCAGCCAAACCACUUGUAAAGCAGAGAAGAAGAAUAUAG